AUGCCCUCUAUCCUUGAAGAUCCCAACACAAAGAUCCAACCAUCAGAUUCCCUCCUCCUCUCCUUAAAAUCCCCAGCCUUCAAUACCCCCCUCAAGACGACAACCAAGACAGGCGCGAAUGUAACCCUCUACCCGAUCACAAACGGCCCAUCAUCUCUUCCACAGAGUCUCUUGCGCUUUUUACACGCCGAGUUCAGCGCGGAGAUUGAGAGGGGCUGUACGUAUCCAAUGGAACAGCCGAUGAAGUUUGAGGCGUUCGGCGAGUAUUGGUUUGGGAUGUUUGGGGUUGUGGCUGUCCUGGAUCAGGAAGGGGAUGGUGAGGGCGGUUUAUCUGUGGACAGUGAGAGGGAUUGGGGAAAGGAAUGCUUGGGAACGUUUUAUGUUAAGCCUAAUUAUCCUGCGAGGAACCAGGGAGUGGGCAUGGUGAUGGGCAAGGCGUACUUGCACUUUGCUCCGUUGUUGGGCUACAAAUACUCCGUCUUCAACCUUGUUUUCGAAAACAACGUUGCCUCGGUCAAGAUCUGGGAGAGGCUUGGGUUCAGCGUUAUUGGUCGUGUGCCGGGGGCAGCGAGGUUGGCGAACAGUGAAACGCCUGUUGAUGCAUUGAUUAUUGGGAAAGACCUGACAGGAGAAGCUGUAGUAGAAAACGCCUAG